GGGGGGGGGGCGGGGGUAUGUGGCCAGGGAUGCGUCGAUGAGUCCGAGAAGAGCUUCGGCACCUGUCUCGGGAGCAUGGACUUGCUCGCCAACAGGGAAUUUCGGCCCGCUAGAGCCGCCAGCAGUGACCGCUACUCGUGCGAGCUCACAGAACUGUGGGUUUGCUCCCUCCUGGGUAACGAACGGGCUUCUGCCCGACGGCAUGCGGGUUUCCUGCAGUCCACGCCAUUGUGUGGAGCUGGGAGAGCUAGCUUUCCUUGGGUCAAAAAGGAUGGACGCCGAUUGGGGGGAUAGGGAAGCUGGGCAGAAUCAAAACGGGAAGAUGAAAUA